AUGGCUUGUUUUGACUGCAGUUCUUCGCACCGGACUAAAUGCCUAAAAAGAAGAAAAUUUUCUUUUCUAGAGAACUGGAAUUGA